AUGGCGUCCAACAACAAGUCCGUUGUAUUCCCUGCGCUUCUGUUCCUAGCCGUGGCACUCGUGUUGACGGCGGCUUCAGUGCGGGCGCAGUCACCGGCUCCACCGCCAUCAUCCCAAAACCCGUGUCCUUCCGGAUUCACAAACUCCACUACGUUCUUUCAAGCCAUGGGCACUUACCUUUUACGCGGCAUCUCGUUGAUACUCGUCCUUAACCCGGUUGCCCCAGGCACCAGCACCACAUUCUGCUAUUGCUAUCCCACUACCAGCAUCACCAUUGGCCCCAUUGUCGUGCCCAACACCAACGUUAACGCGCACACAGAAUUCAGCACGCUGGCAUGA